GUUGAUUCUGUGUCAGACUUUUUACGCAUUAGAACAAAUUGAACUUAGUGGCAAAUUUGAUUGGAUUCAGUUGUAUCAGCCAAUAAAUACCAAAUUAAUUACCUUCACUAAUGAGUGGGACCCCUUUUUGGUGUAGUGGCUUUUCGGUCAACAAGAUACAAGCCUGAGCUGCAAUGAGAUAUGUCAAUUUUUGGCGUGGCGUUUUGGCCCGGUUGAUCGUAAUUUUGGGCAUUUUGAACCUAUUUCCAAAAUGCCUAGUGCCAAAUAUUCUGACGAACCCCGUUUACCGACUGUAUAAAACCAUGACCAUGUCUCCCCUUGAACUCCAAGAGAAUCUAUGAAUUAAUUAUCUACCGUCGGAAUUUUCUGUUCGUUGACCCUGACAAUUGGACAAGUGUCCAGGAAGCUUCACAUCAUGCCUCCUAACAUUCAAGUGUUCUUUCCCAAAGAGAGCAUACCAGCCCUCUACCCAAACGAAAAAGUCGGUGAACGUGUCACUACAUACGCCGAGAAACACACCUCCACGAUACCUCGACAUAUCAUUAACUAUCAUGAUCACAUUAAAACGACACAGCCUAAGACGGCCAAUUACAUGAUUCCCAUCUCUGAAGCCCAGGCACUGGUUUUUUUGGCUCAUACUGUUGGGGCUAAACGAGUGCUCGAAAUUGGAUCAUAUGUUGGCUUCUCCAUGCUCGUGUGGAGUCAUGCUGUCGGACCCCAAGGCUAUGUUACAGGUCUCGAGUUCGAGCCAUCUUUUGUUCAAAUGGCCAAAGAAGCAUUUGCUGCCAAUGGAGUCCAGAACACCGAGUUGGUCGUUGGUGAUGCUCUUGAAACUUUGCAAAACCUAGCACCAUCUGAACCGUACGAUAUCAUAUUCAUUGAUGCACAAAAGACGGGCUACCCAAGCUAUCUCGCUACCAUCCUUCGGCUGUCACAACCAGGUGCAGCGACCCGUCUUCUUCGUCCAGGAGGCCUUAUCAUUGCUGAUAAUGUCCUCCGAUGCGGCUUUGCGGCCGACGAUAGUGAGGACAACCCAUGGCGAAACUAUGACUUUGGGCCGCAUAGAAAGGAGUAUUGGAAGUCUGCAGACGUGCAGUCUGUCAAGGCAUACAAUCAAACGAUUCUAGAAAGCCAACGAGUGGAGAGCUGGCUGUGUCCUCUUUGGGACGGGGUUAAUAUGAGUCGAUUACUGGACUGA